AUGACCCUCACGGUGUCGGAAACGGACAGCAAUAGCCUAAGGAACCCGGACAUGACCGAAACUCUACCAAGCUCUGAACUAUCGUUACUAGCCAAACUGGAGGCCGCCAACAAGCUGAUCGAGAGCGACUCGAAGAGUCUGAACUCGCUCCAGAGCUCGGCGCACAGCCGGAAAAGCUCCGACACGAGCCAGAUCAGCCUCAACUCGGGCGCCUCGUCGGUCGGGGAGGAGGAUGUGUGGUCAACCUGGGCCAGCAUCGUGACCGACUGGGAGGCCAGCCAGAAGCGUAAGGGCCCGACGGUAAAGGAGCUGGUGCGCAAGGGCAUACCGCACCACUUUCGGGCGAUCGUAUGGCAGCUGCUGUGCGGUGCUUCCGAUGCCGACAAGAAGCAGUACGCCGAAUACAUCAAGGCGACGAGCGCCUGCGAGAAGGUGAUCCGGCGGGACAUCGCCCGCACCUAUCCGGAGCAUGACUUCUUCAAGGAGAAGGAUGGCCUCGGCCAGGAGGCGCUGUUUAACGUGAUGAAGGCGUACUCGCUGCACGACCGCGAGGUUGGCUACUGCCAGGGAUCCGGUUUUAUCGUCGGACUGUUGCUAAUGCAGAUGCCCGAGGAGGAAGCAUUCGCCGUGCUGGUACAAAUUAUGCAGCAGUACCGUAUGCGCGACAUGUUCAAACCAUCGAUGGCAGAACUCGGUCUGUGCAUGUACCAGCUGGAGAACAUCGUCCAGGAGCAAAUACCCGAGCUGCAUUUGCACUUCCAAUCGCAAAGCUUCCAGACGUCCAUGUACGCCUCGAGCUGGUUCCUGACACUCUACACAACCGCCUUGAACCUUACGCUCAGCUGCCGCAUCAUGGACGUGUUCCUGUCCGAGGGAAUGGAGUUUAUUUUCAAGGUCGCUAUCGCACUACUCACCAUCGGCAAGGACACGCUGCUAUCGCUGGACAUGGAAGCGAUGCUAAAGUACUUCCAGAAGGAGCUUCCUCAAAAGGUUGAAAACGACGCAGAUGGGCUGUUUAAUCUGGCUUUUCAGGUGAAGAUCAACACAAAGAAGAUGAAAAAGAUGGAGAAAGAGUAUGCUGAUCUUCGCAAGAAGGAACAGGAAGAGAUGGUCGAGCUCAGGCGGCUUCGUAGCGAAAAUCGUUUGCUCAAAAAACGUAACGAACUACUGGAAGCGGAAAGCGCUGAACUGGCCGAUCGGCUCGUCCGUGGACAGGUGUCCCGUGCGGAAGAGGAAGAAACCAGCUACGCCAUCCAAUCCGAGCUUCUGGCUCUCCGUCGAACGCAUUUGGAAGUGUCACAUCAACUAGAAACGGCCAACGAGGAGGUGCGAGCACUCAGUUUGCGGUUGCAGGAAAAUCAUCCGGACAAUUCGCUCGAAUCCAACAACUCCCGCCAAAAUUCGUUCGACGAGUUGAUCAUGAAAGAGGAAGCACUCAAACAGCGGGACGAGAUGGUGUCGUGUCUGCUGGAAGAGCUGGUCAAAGUACGUCAGAGCCUCGCCGAGAGUGAGGAUGUAAUUCGCAAUUUGAAGACCAAGAUCCAAGAGUUGGAAGAGGAUAAGAAACGAUUGCGUGAAACGACUACGGACAACUCAGUGGCUCACCUGCAGGACGAGUUGAUCGCAAGUAAAUUGCGUGAGGCGGAAGCCAGUUUAUCACUCAAAGAUCUCAAACAACGUGUCCAAGAACUCAGCACCCAGUGGCAAAGGCAGUUGUCGGAGCAACGCAAUGAUCCGACUCAGAGUAACGAUUCCGGUGCGAAGAAGCUAUUGUUCUGGGAGUCGGGCCGUUCACAAGACUUGCAGAAGUUGGAAGAGGAGUUGAUGACCACCCGAAUACGGGAGAUGGAAACGUUGACCGAGCUGAAGGAACUGCGGUUGAAGGUGAUGGAGCUAGAAACGCAGGUGCAGGUCUCGACAAACCAACUUCGACGGCAGGACGAAGAGAGUAAGAAGAUCAAGGAAGAGCUUGAAGAAGCUCUGAUUCGUGAACGGGAGCUUGCCAACAAGGCGCGCGAACAGCAACACCGUUACUCUGAUCUUGAAUCUCGAAUGAAGGACGAGCUAAUGAAUGUGAAGAUUAAGUUUACCGAGCAAAGCCAAACGGUGGCGGAGCUGAAGCAGGAAAUUUCAAGACUGGAAACUAAGAACUCGGAAAUGCUUGCCGAGGGAGAGUUGCGAUCUAAUCUGGAUGAAUCGGACCGUGUUCGCGAUUUGCAGGAUAAGGUCGCCGAGCUAAAGGCUGAGCUGACUGCCAUCAAAAGCCGUGGAACGGCGUUAAACCUGCGCAAAAUCAAGAGUACAUCGAUACAAUCGAUCGACUCGAACGAGAUUGAUUUCGCGGAGAUGCAGUUUUCGUCCAAGAUGCACAUUCCCGGACCACCGGCUACUAGUUCCGGUUCCCCGUCGUGAAAAUCUGAGAGCUGCUGCUGCAACGCUACGCAUCAACCGACAUCUUCACCAUGCAUACUCUCUCACAUCGUGAGCGUAGGAAGCAAAACACAUCCUUCAUUCCAGGCAUCGG